CGCGGGGCGGGGAGGCCUGGGGCGACGCUUCCGCUCUCUCCGAGGCCUGAGUUCUGACGUCCACCUGUGAGCCCCAGCUGUGUCCCUUCCUCUCCCCCUCUCUCGCGUUGGCCGUAGAGUCAGCGGGCGUCAGGAUGAGCUGGUCACCGUCCCUGCCGACGCAGACAUGUGGGGCCUGGGAAAUGAAAGAACGCCUAGGGACAGGGGGAUUCGGAAACGUCAUCCGCUGGCACAACCAGGAGACAGGUGAGCAGAUUGCUAUCAAGCAGUGCCGGCAGGAGCUCAGCCCUCGGAAUCGGGAGCGCUGGUGCCUGGAGAUCCAGAUCAUGAGAAGGCUGAACCACCCCAACGUGGUGGCCGCCCGCGAUGUCCCUGAGGGCAUGCAGAACUUGGCGCCCAAUGACUUGCCCCUGCUGGCCAUGGAGUACUGCCAAGGAGGAGACCUCCGGAAGUACUUGAACCAGUUUGAGAACUGCUGCGGCCUGCGGGAAGGAGCCACCCUCACCCUGCUAAGUGACAUUGCGUCUGCACUUAGAUACCUUCAUGAAAACAGAAUCAUCCAUCGGGAUCUAAAGCCAGAAAACAUCGUUCUGCAGCAAGGAGAGCAAAGAUUAAUACACAAAAUUAUUGACCUAGGAUAUGCCAAGGAACUGGAUCAGGGCAGUCUUUGUACUUCCUUUGUGGGGACCCUGCAGUACCUGGCCCCUGAGCUGCUGGAGCAGCAGAAGUACACAGUGACUGUGGACUACUGGAGCUUUGGCACCCUGGCCUUCGAGUGCAUCACUGGCUUCCGGCCUUUCCUCCCCAACUGGCAGCCGGUGCAGUGGCAUUCCAAAGUCCGGCAGAAGAGUGAGGUAGACAUCGUUGUCAGUGAAGACUUGAACGGAGCAGUGAAGUUCUCAAGCUCUUUACCUUACCCCAACAAUCUGAACAGUGUGCUGGCUGAACGACUGGAAAAGUGGCUGCAGCUGAUGCUCAUGUGGCACCCCCGGCAGAGGGGCACAGACUCCCAGUAUGGACCCAACGGCUGCUUCCGGGCGCUGGAUGACAUUUUAAACCUGAAGCUGGUUCAUGUCUUGAACAUGGUCACAGGCACUAUUCAUACCUAUCCUGUAAGAGAAGAUGAGAGUCUGCAGAGAUUAAAGGCCAGGAUCCAGGAGGACACAGGAAUCCCAGAGAAUGACCAGGAGCUGUUGCAGGAGGCAGGUCUGGCCUUGAUCCCAGACAAGCCUGCUACUCAGUGUAUUUCUGAUGGCAAGCCAAAUGAGGGCCGCACACUGGACAUGGAUCUUGUUUUCCUCUUUGACAACAGUAAAAUCGCCUAUGAGACUCAGAUCUCCCCACGACCCCAGCCCGAAAGUGUCAGUUGCAUCCUUCAGGAGCCCAAGAGGAACCUCCCCUUCUUCCAGCUGAGGAAAGUGUGGGGCCAGGUGUGGCACAGCGUCCAGGCCCUGAAGGAAGACUGCAACCGCCUGCAGCAGGGACAGCGAGCUGCCAUGUACUGGGCCCACAUUCUUGGCGUGGUUCAUUUAGGAUUGCUUGGUGGCUUUGGCUCUUGGGAGGUGGCUGAGGCAGGGACCAGAGGCAACUGUUUUGAGAGACGAAAGGAAGACACUGGUUUGGAUGGGCAGGAGGUGGGCGGAUGGGCCAACUGGAGGGAGGCCCCUUCUGCCUGCCAAGAGCCUAUGAGGAUGAAUCUCCUGCGGAAUAACAGCUGCCUCUCCAAGAUGAAGAAUUCCAUGGCCUCCAUGUCUCAGCAGCUCAAGGCCAAGUUGGAUUUCUUUAAAACCAGCAUCCAAAUUGACCUGGAAAAGUACAGUGAACAGACCGAGUUUGGGAUCACAUCAGAUAAACUGCUGCUGGCAUGGAAGGAAAUGGAACAGGCCAUGGAGCUGUGUGGGCGGGAGAACGAAGUGAAACAUCUGGUGGAGCGGAUGAUGGCCCUGCAGACUGACAUUGUGGACCUGCAGAGGAGCCCGAUGGGUCGCAAGCAGGGCGGCACCCUGGACGACCUAGAGGAGCAAGCGAGGGAGCUGUACAGGAGACUGAGGGAAAAGCCAAGAGACCAGCGAACAGAUGGUGACAGUCAGGAGAUGGUGCGGUUGCUACUUCAGGCCAUUCAGAGCUUCGAGAAGAAAGUGCGAGUGAUUUACACACAGCUGAGCAAAACUGUGGUUUGCAAGCAGAAGGCGCUGGAGCUGCUGCCCAAGGUGGAAGAGGUUGUGAGUCUGAUGAAUGAGGAUGAGAAGACUGUCGUCCAGCUCCAGGAGAAACGGCAGAAGGAGCUCUGGAACCUGCUGAAGAUCGCGUGUAGCAAGGUCCGUGGUCCUGUUAGCGGAAGCCCAGACAGCAUGAACUCGUCUCGACUCAGUCACUCUGGGCAGCUGAUGUCCCAGCCUUCCACUGCCUCUGACAGCUUACCUGAGCCAGCCAAGAAAAGUGAAGAGCUUGUGGCUGAAGCCCACUCUCUCUGCUUCCGGCUGGAAAGUGCCAUGCAGGACACCAUGAAGGAGCAAGACAGAAGCCUCAUGGCUCUGGACUGGAGUUGGUUACACACAGAAGAUGAGGAACAGAGUGGCCUGGAGCCGGCCUCGUGACUGGGGGUUCCACACUUAGCCUGGGUCUCCCACAGUGGCUCCUGCUGCAGUGAUGUCCCGGCGCUCUCUAGCAGCUGGACGGAAGUCUUACUUCCCCACAGCUGUGACAUUCGCCCUGGCCUAGAGCGCGGCCCUCUACAGGCAGUGCUGGCACUUUGUACGCACACUGAAAGGCCAUUGUGGCCCAGUGUGUGGCAGUGCCAAUCCCAAGUGAUCGGGAAAACAGAGCCUCCACAGCUGCUUCCUCUGCUCUGCGUAAAGAGCUCUGUGUGUGGUUUGUCACAUGGACUGCCAGACAGAAAUCUGCCUGGAAUGUUUCGGGACAGAGCUGAGAUGGCACCUGGUGCCUGCCUGUCCUCUCCUGUCUCCUCCCUGCUUCCGGAGAGGCCCUGACCUGUCUGCCUCACUCAUCUUAGAGCCGGGGUUUCAUCUGGAUUCAGCUUCUGUUCGACAGAUACUUUAAUCACAGAUGUGGCCCGGCCACAUCCUCUCUUCUCCUUCACUGCACUGCUGCUAAAGUUUCCCUUUUACCUACCGUGUCGGUGGUCAUCCUCUCGGCAGAGUUGGAGAGCGGUGCCGACGUCCCGCUGUCUUCAUGCGCUCUGCCUGACUGACUCCCUAGAGCCAGCCUUGGCUCACCUGGUGUCGGUUGUCACUCAGAAGAAGGGAAGAAGCAAAGGGUGCCUGCUGGCCCCCAGGCUGGGCACCUGCCCACCUCUGCCUGGGCGGGAUGGGUGUGUUCCUGCCUUUCACAUCACCAGCAAUAUUAUUAAAUUGCCUAUUUUUAUAAAUAGUUUCUAUAUAUUUUUAAGACGAGUCAACUGUUAAUCGGGAGUCCCACAGUCCACUUUUACAACAGCUAUGGUUAGGGCUCCUGAACUCGAAAUUCAACAAAA